AAGGGCCUUAAUUUACUCUAGCCCAUUAAAAGGGUUCAAGUCCCACAUUCGACAAGAGAAAAAAAAAAGAUUCCAUCUGAUAAGAAUGUCUAUCUGGUUUUGACAUUUGGACUAGAGGGGAGUGGACCCCCGCUAUCACUCUCAGUUUCAAAAAUAUUCGACCAACAAGACAAUUCAACCUAUCCUACCCACUUUGUCCCAGCCUUGGUUAUUUCUAACUCCUAAGAAGACACUCACCUACCUAACCCCACCACAGAUCGCACAAAUGGAUUCUGCAUCGUCCAAAACCAAAGCUUUAGCCCUUCCGCUUCACAUCUUAGGCUUCGAGAUCGAUGAACUGUCUACAACACGUGUCACCGGUCGUCUUCCCGUUUCUCAAAUCUGCUGUCAGCCUUUCAAGGUGUUACACGGUGGUGUAUCUGCUUUGAUCGCUGAGUCUUUAGCAAGUAUAGGAGCUUACAUGGCUACUGAUCUCAAAAGGGUGGCUGGAAUUCAACUCUCGAUCAACCACUUAAAGAGUGCCGAUCUUGGAGACAUUGUGUUCGCCCAAGCAUCUCCUGUAAGCUCGGGGAAAACCAUUCAGGUUUGGGAAGUCAAGCUUUGGAAGUCAAGAAAAGAAUCCCAUAACAAAACCUUAAUAUCUUCCUCUAGAGUCACACUCCUCUGUAAUCUUCCUACCCCUGGGUACGCCAAAAAUGUAUCGGACCCACUCAAAAUGAUCUCCAAAUUGUAAACUACAAAGCUCUCUCUCUCUCUAUAUAUAUAUAUCUCUGAAUACGAGUCAUUGUAUUCUAUCGUGCUAAUCACUGUAUUCUAUCGUGCUAAUCACUGUAUUCUAUCUUGUUAAUGGCAUUUUUAAUUUUCACUUGUA